AUGGAACCAACAACAGAAACACGGCACAUUCUCUUCCUCGCCAGGGAACACGAAAAUGCCAUCACAAUUGUUCUGUCCAAGCCGAAGGGUUGUGCAGUCCCUCUUUACAACGUCAACCACAAUCCGAAAUGUUCCAAAAUGGAGAUUCGAAGAAUAAAAUGCGACUCUGUCUCCACAGAACAUCGGCCCAUCGGAGCCGUCAAACUCCGCACGAUACCACAUAGAGUUGAUGUAACAGUCCGCGGUGUCUCGUUCAAGCUGUCCCGCAAACACCCCCUGUCCAGCACCCUUGGCUUUCGAUUCCUGGGCGCCGGGGAGAUGAGAUGGGAGAAGAUUGACAAGAAGAGCAGGGGAAUGAAGCUGGUGGACUUUAACGGCAAAACCCAAGCAUUCUUCCACCCUCGGAUGCACGUGGUCAACCACCCUGCUGGGAACGAAGGCGGUGGUGAGAUAGGUGACAAGAGCGGACGCCGUAGUAGUCCGGGAACCAAGGCUGGAUGGGGGCCUGGCUUCGAGUUGCUCGCGACAAGGCUCGCUGAUCUGGACAUGGACUUGAUCGUCACGACAGGUUUGGCGGCUGCAGAGUAUCGCAGGCAACUAGACGAAGACUGGGACGAUUUCGUCCAGGAUGGACAUGGCAACAUGCGAGACAACAGCGGUUAA